AUGCUUACAUUCCUACAAGACUGCCCGAAAGGUCACUUGACGAAGGAUCAGUUCAUCAAAGUUUAUAAAGAUUUCUUCCCAUCCGGAAGCGCCGAAGGCUUUUGCGAGCAUGUCUUCCGGACAUUUGACACUGAUAACAGUGGCUUUAUCGAUUUCAAAGAAUUUUUGUUGGCAAUAAAUGUGACAAGCUCGGGUACUCCAGAACAGAAGCUCGAAUGGGCAUUCAGGAUGUAUGAUAUCGAUGGUAAUGGUACCAUUGAUGAGAAAGAAAUGAUCAAAAUUAUAGAGGUAUGA